GUCGUCUGGCUGCUCUCCGUUGGAAUCGCAUCACCUCGCUCUAGACAUACUUUUCAUCUUCGUUGUUUAUACUUAAUAAUCCUCUUUUUUAUCUACUCCAGUGUAUUUUUCUUGUUCAUAAGUGUAUCUAUUUCGUUCAGCGCUUUGUAUUUCUUCUGUAUAUUACGUGUUUUUGUGCAUAUUCCAUCGUUUUCGACGCGGCCGUCGACGGACACCACGCCGCUUCGUUCGCCGCUCCCGGGGUCACCCUCAGAAGCCACAUGACGGGCGGUACAACCUGCUGUGUACCGGGCUGUGCCCACACCACUCUCACUGCCAAGCAUGUGUCCUGGAAUCGCUUUCCGAAGAACAGCCAUCUACGCAACAUUUGGGUACAGCGAAUCAACAGGAAAGGUACCACUGGACGGUUCUCUCUGUGGACGCCAACCUCUGACAGCAGAAUAUGCGGCGCUCAUUUUAACGAAACUGGGAGAAAGAAGUACGAGGACAAAGCUCCCCGGUUUUUUCCAACCAGGACAUUUCCGAAGUAUGUUGCGGCCUGCCCAAAGGUCCCAAACAUGAUCUGCGCAAGGAAGCGCCAUGCGCUGCAGCCGCUGCCGGCCUACUUUCUGUCGGACCUUGACCUGGCACAGACCGUGACCCUGCCUGCUAGCCAGGAGCCAGCACAACCCGGCAGCCCCUUGGCCUCCGCUGGUGCCCCUGACACUGAUGAUGUAAUAGCUAGCGGUAAGCUCCUAACAUUGAGCAUCAGUGUUGCUCGUCUGUUUAUUUGGCAUCCCUGUCAACUGUGCAGCAGUCCCGAUAGGUGCAUGGAACACUUACAUGCAGUACGUCGAACUUUACAAACUGUACUAACUCAGUCACCGCUGGCUAUAGCACGCAAGUUGUGGCCGUUCCAUACUCGCAGCACCAUAUGGCACGGUGCACUCUAAGAUACCGCACAUGCAAGGUACCCGCGGAGUUGUUCUUUCAGAUUGCGGUCACACCCUCACUUCAUUG